AUGUUUAAAACUAAAAGAAAAUCUCAACCACCAACAACAGUACCCUCAUCAAGCAGUCUUAGUCGUACUACUUUACUUGUUUCUUCUUCCUCUGCUUGUUCGACUCGUCAUCAUCAUAAUAAUAAGAAUAAAAAUGUUUCAUUAUCAUCAUCCACCUCCAUUUCUCCACAAUAUAACAAUUAUAAAAAAACCCAACAUCAACGUCGAAAUGAAGAAAAUAUAUCGAAUAUUCGAUUAUCACGUCCUAAACAAUUUCUUGGUUAUUUCCGUUGUUGCUGCUAUCAUUUAUGUUCGUGCACAUGUGAAUGUUCCAUUCCAUCAAAUACAUUUCAAAAUGUUAAUGCUUCAACAACAUUUACUCGACAAAAUUGUGCAAAAUAUUUUAUUGAUUUUAUUCUUUCAACUGAUCAUUUACGUAGUUAUAUAUCCGAACAUAAUUUAAUAGAACAAAAAACAACUAAAAUAUUUAUUCCAAAAUUAACUUUAUUUAUUCUUUUAUUUUUAUCAUUAUGUCCUUUAACAUUUGCUACAACAUUACCACCAACAGAAAUAACAACAUUCAAUCGACAUUUUUAUAAUUUUGGUGAUUUUGAUAUAAAUUCAUCGUCAAUAACAUUUUCAUUAUCACAAAAACCUCAAUGGCAUGCUGGAUGUUGUAUGCGUUCAAAUAACUCAUUCUUAUCUGUAUGUGGUAAAUCAUUUAAUUUAACAUUUCAUAAUCUAAGUGGAGAGAAUUUAUUUGAAAAACGUUAUAAAAUUGAUUUUCUUAAUGAUGAAUAUUUAUUUUGUCAACGUUAUAAUGCUUUUAGAAAUUUAUCAUUAAAACAUUUAGCUAUGUUUACAUAUUUUAUUGUUAUAAUUGGUAUUAUAUUAAAUACAUUUGUUUUUCUUGUAUUAAUGUGUGGUUCAUUAAGACGAUCAACAUCAUUUAUAUUAUUUUUAGCAUUAACAUGUUUUGAUUUAUUAAGUUUAGCAUCAAGUUUAUUUGCCCAAUUAUUUCGUACAGUAAUGACUUAUUUAAAAACUUCAGCAUUAUUUUGUAAAAUGUUUGGUAUAUUUUUCUUAUAUUUUCGUCAAUGUUCAUCAACAACAUUAUUAUUAAUAGCUAUUGAACGAUGUAUUGUUAUUAAAUAUCCAUUUUGUCGACAUACAUUCGAUAAAUUUCGUAUACCAUUAUUAGGUUUUAUCAUGUUUAUAUUUAUUGCACCAAUUCCAUUUGAUUUUAUAUUUUAUACAACUGGUCCAUUACAUUGUGAAGCAUUUGAUACAACUAAUGCACAAUAUUAUCAAAUAUUUCGUGGAUUUUUUACAGUAUUUUCUUAUGCAAUGGUACCAUUUGUUGGAAUAUCAAUAAGUAAUUUUUUAAUUAUUAUGGAAUUGAAAAAAUCAAAAAAACGUUUUAUGACAAAAGAUGAAAAUGGAACAAUGAGACGUUUUUCUACAAAUGUAGUGGAUAAACGAGGUACAACAGUAAUGUUACUCGUUGCAUCAUUUGCAUUUGUUCUCUUAUUGGGUCCAUUUUAUUUACAUUGGUGUGUAGCAUAUCUAUUUUAUUAUUAUCCUCAAUGUCAAUUUACACGAAAUCUCUAUGAAAAUGUUCAAGUAUGUAUGGGUGUUUUUCAUCCAUAUUUAACAGUUAUUGAAAAAGGUAUGCGUGAAUCUAAUCAUGCUAUUAAUUUUCUAUUGUAUUGGGCAACAUCAACACGUUUUCGUAUGGAUUUCAAACGUAUAAAUCGUCGAAUAUUUUUUCGAAUAUUUGGUACGACGAUUAUUUUUUUAUUUAAACAUAUAUGUUUUUGUUGUACAGAACCAUCAUGUCUUGUUACACUUGAACGACAUGUGUCAGAUACAGCAGAUAUGGAUUCAUCAUAUGAUUAUAAUAGAAAAAAUCAAGCUGCUUAUAAAACAUCACAUUAUUAUUCAAAUUUUGAACGACGACGACAACAUCAAUUAGUUAAAGACACAUUAUUAAACAGUACAAUACCAACAGAUACAAAUUUAACUCCAACAGCGUCAUUACAUACAUUAACAGCAAAUACAGCUAAAACUGUACGAAUGUUAACAUGGAAUCCACAUGAUCCAAUGAUGCGUCAAUUAGAAAGUCGACGUCAAGCAACGCGUUUAUCUAAACGUCUUUCAACAUCAGGCACUGUUUGA